UUUUGUGCUAGAAGCCCUAUAACUAUGUGAUAGAAGCCAUGAUGUAAAUGCCGUGUGGCAUGAUUUGGUUAAAUACUUCUUAGUCGUUACCGGUGCUUGUUCGCGCGUGCUCUAUCCCUACAGCCCAACUUUAGGUUCUCGAGUGUUUACGGUUUCGUACGGGUAGCGCUGUUCAUAAUCGUCCAGAAACCGAACCCGUGAAUGUGCCCGUGAGCACUAUGUGCUUAUACGGAAGCGGAUCCGGUAAAGUCUACAAAGUCUGUGAUAACGAAAUAACCAGCGAUACGCGAUUAGAUAGGUUACAUGUGCUUUUAAGUGUAUCCAAAGACGACGCGUUCCGAACACAUUUUGUCACGCUCGGUCGGAAUUGAACGUUUGCUAACGAAUUAGCGGUUUCCAUCCAUUCAUCCGUAGCGGCUCUGAAGAAACGGUUUGGCUCCUCAGUUUAUAUGCAAAUCACGCGCCGCCAACAAGACGAAGGAUCACCAAAUUUGUUUGCACAACAGUGUUUAGAUGCCAACGUCAUCAUCAAACACUAACACAACUGCAUACGAUGCGAAUGGUAGAACGCUCUAGCUCCAUCAACACACCUUUCUAGCACGGAACCCCCAUUUUCGGUUGCAUGGAAAGUGUGCAAAUGGGGUAUACCAAAUCUGCGAAGCUGUUGCUUCAAAGUCUGAAUAAGUGUUGGUAGUGCGUUGGUCUCGCUAUAGUUGACAACAUACGAUCGGCGUUUCGCUCUCGCUCGUUCUAAUGUUGGUGAGCAUGACACUGAUAAUAGGCUCGAAACGCAUACCGCCGUUCCGUGAGGGGUCUCUUUCAAUCGUGUAUUGGUUGAACCCGUAGUAACCGUAUCGGUGAUAGCGAUAGCGUAAGCGGAUAAAAUAAUACUUGGCUUGGAGAGUGUCACCGUGCGUCCCCUCGGCUCGAAAACAUGAAGUGUAGUUCGUGCAUCGGUGGCGGCCGACGCAGUCUUUCGAGUAGUGACCAUGAAUCAAGCUCACCGUUGUCGUCUCCCGUAACAAAAGCAAAUCAGUUAGAACAUAGCAUGGCUGCAAAUAACCAAAAACCAAUAGGAGCAGAAGACUCUUCGACUGGCAGACCACCAUCGAUCACCAUCGAAGAACUCGAUGAUGAGGUAUUCGACAACACAAAGGAAGAGGAAUUGUGUCGCCAAAUGCAGCGCUACACACAGGAGUUAAAUGAUUUCGACGAUACCUUCACCUAUCUACUGGCGCCUCCAUCUGUUGCAAGGUUAGAAGUGAUACAUGAGGAGGAUAGCGGUGAUGCUUGCAGUGACUGCAGCGCCAAUGAAAAUCCCGAGCCACGCGACGCACCUGAUCCUCCUAGCACCAGAAAAGUGAAACAAUUUAGUCCAGCGAAAAUGUUACGUGAUUUGCUGCGUUAUCGUAGGGGGCGUUCGAAGCAACGUCAUUUCGAGAGACAAGAGCCAACCACCUGUUUACUCGUGGGUGCUAAGGAGAGCACCAUUGCACCGACAGAAUACCGGAGCGUCUGCACCACCGAGACGGUCGAUUGCGAAAAACUGGAAGUAGAGUUCGUAAACGUUGGAUCCAACUCCAGUAGUAUGGAUGAUCUAAGCGAUAUAGACGAAGGUGCCCCGAUUCACAAAAAAACACGAAAUCUAAAAUCGCUGCAGUUUAAUGUUGACUUUCAAUUCUCUAAUUCAGAUACCGCAGAUCAUGCGGAUAAAGCUGGUGAUGACCAUACUCGAACUAAACCGCUCAACCAAGCGCAGGUGAACCACAUAACCAUCACAGAGAUCGACAAUGACCGCUAUAACACACAACGAGACAGCCCUCAAGCAACAGAGUCACCAAUAGUGGAACAGCACAUCACAGAAUAUAUCACAGUGUCUUCAAACGAUCAACAGACGUGUGCUUCUGCACCUGCAAGAAAGAGUCACGAAGAGGAUCAUCUACCAAAGACAGGACGGAAACCCCCUGAAGCUGGUGAGCCUGGGGCGCCCCAUCACACGACGCCUCCUGCAUCAUCCACCUCCACCCAAAGGUCAACCCCAAAUCUGCGACUCGAAGCUGAUGUCGUUGGUGUGUGUGAUCACACCAAUGACGAGAGAACGACGGAAAAUUCUCUUGUGGUGACCGAUGAUGAGAAAAUCCGCGCGAGGACGAUGCUCGCGGGAAACCGAGCUCAAGCAGACCUUAGUAGUUCGGAACCUGUCGCGAAGGUUCGUGAUCGUGUGGUAUCGGCAAUAGACGUGAAGGAAAAUGUGACCGAGUUGUUUUCCGUUUGCUCAUCAGCCCUAGAAAACGAUCGAGCCGAUAGCUACGCUUUAGGUGUUCCUAGUGUGCCUCAAGUAGAUUCAUCGAUUGUGGUGAAUCAUUGGUCUCAAAACGAGGAUCCUUGCUUUGGGAAAAUCAUGACCCUCGACAACGGAGUGGUGACUGACACCGUGGUGGAAAAUAGCGGGGAUGCAGGGACACCUCACUACAACUCAUCGUCACUACUACCAGCAGAGAGUAUCCCAUUGCCACAAAAUCCGUUGACAAAAGCAAAGACUUAUGUCGAACCAACCCCAAGCGACACUGACGUAGCAAGUGUGACUAAUUUGGCACAUUCGGCCGAUCAGAUAUCCGGUCCACCUAUACCUCCACCCUUACCGCCACCUCCUGCGGUUGUACUGUUACCGGUAACCGUUGAAGCCCUGUCGGCACCGUCUGCCUCGGUAUCGGUUACAUCUAACGAUGGUCAAAUUCAUAGUGGCGAUCAUUCUCGUAAAGCUGAUCAUGCAGAUGCUGAUUCGAAUAGUACGCAAGAUAGUGUCUCUGCAGUAGUACAACCAGUAGUGUCCGCUGAGAAUCUGAGUGUAUCGUUGCAAUAUAUCCGAGAAGAUAUUGUUUCUUCGCAGGAAACGGAAGAAAAGGCCAGUUCCUCCAAUCACCAAAAUUCGAGGAUAAAAUCGUCUGAUGCUUCGGCAGGAAAGCGCAAACCGAUCGCUAUCCCUCGCGGUAAUAGCGGUGAUCCGGGAAAGAACAACAGCAACCAUGGACCAAAAAUAGAACAGUCCCAUGCUGGCAGCGGUAGCAGUGGUCAGUACUUCAUUAAUGGUGGUUUUGAAGCAGCUGCGCCGCAUAUUCAAACGACGGUUGACUUAGCGCAAAAGGCUGCCAGUGGGAUGAGUGAAGUGGGCGUAGUCCACGCUCCAGUGACUGACGAAGGUCCACGGUCGAUCGACUUACGUUCUGAAGUAACACGCAUGAAAGACCAAGAACUACAGGAUGAAUUCCGUAAGCUUGAAUUAGAGACUGCAAGAUACGAACAGGAACUGCAGCAGAUGUCUCUACCUUCUAUACCGUCGAAUUCCUACAGAAAAGAACACCUAGUAAGUGACAUUGAGCAACAUAGGACUCUUUCUGUUUCGAAGGAGAGCAGCAUUAAUGUUCGAAGUUCAAGCAGCUUGAACACGGUCAUGACAACGGAUGUUAGAAUGAGAAAUGGAAGUACUGUUCCGGUGCCUUCAGCCAAUCGUGAUAUAAAUGAUGGUAAUAAUCAACUUUAUCAUGAAUGGCAAAAUUCUAUGAAGAACCGUGAAUCAAGAUUGGCUCAACGUUCGGGUCCUUUCGUGCAAGAUCAGAAGGGGAUUACAUGUAACUCGGUAGCUAUGACACCGCCCGUGGUCCCAGUUGCACCAAACGAUGAAGAGGAACACGUCACAAAAAAGGUAAAGGAUCGUGUCCGUGAAUUUAUGGCAUCUGAAGCAGCAAAAAGCGAAUCGCGAACAAUAAUUAGAGGCAACGGUAUGUCAAGUGCGCCUGCGACGCCCACUGCUAGCCGAAAAAAUAUCGAGGCCGAAUUUCAACAAUUUCGUGAAAUUCGAGCGCAAGAGCAGCAGCGUGGUCUGACUGGAGAAAAAUCGGUAUUGAAGCAAAACGACAAAAUACCCUCCCAGCCUAUCGGAAAUGUUUCUACAUCUAGAAUUCCCGUACCGCUUGUAAAAUUGUCGUCAUCUUCUACUAAAAAUGUUAUCCAGUCUUGCUCGGAGCAGGGCGACGAUUCGGUCGAAGUAAAAGUAAAUGUAGCAGCACUGAUCGCUACGCAUCAGGAGAAGCAACAGCUUCAAAAAUCCUCAUCCUUCACGUCUUCGAAUGUGCCAGUCAAAUGCAAGCCGAAAACUAUUGGCGUGAUAGUGGCAGUUCCGAGUGAGCUGCCUCAAAUUGCUGUUCCUCAACCUUUGCCGGGAGAAUUAACUGAAACAGCGGAAAUAAGCGUUAGCGAUAAAUGUCAACAGUUUGAGCAUAGAAUACGCCAAAAUUCGAUCGGUAACGAGGAGGGUCAGCAAACACGACAACGCCAACAACUAAAGGGCGUUUGGUCACCGUAUAAUCGUUCAACAGAGAUUCUUACGAAAGAGGAGCUCGCGGAGCGGUCAUCAAACAGUAGAGCAAGCGAACCGCUUCAGCCAGUCUGGGUGCCGCGUAGUGCACCACCAUCUCCAGCACCAGAACGUCGCGAAUUUCGGCCAAUCGGGUUUGAAUCUCCGACACCAAGCCGCAAAGUACUGGCGUCGCCCACUCCUGUAGCAGUAGCGGCUCCUUGGACUCAGCCCGGUUACUCUCCGCCACUUGCGGUUUCGGACUCGAAAUUCAAUCCAUCAUCUAACGCGUCGUCCUCGAUUCGUUGUAAUACCUCGACUUCGACACCACCGCAACCGCAGGGCCACGGGCAGCAAGUUCGAUUCGCUUCGCAACCUAGAUCAAUCGCUGGUGCAGUGCAGCAGGAACCAACGAUUAAUUCGCUACUUAAAUCGAAAGAUGGCAAAGCGGCAGUAGUAGAAGACGUUGAAAUGGCAGCAGACCGGCAAACGUCGGCGACAACCGUUACCAAAAGAACAACUAGCUCCAAUCAGCAACAGCAGUCAGGUGGUUCUUCGAACAGAAUCGUUGGUGCAGCAUCUCGGACAGGACACUCAUCUUCCGGAACGCAACACGAAGGCGUGCAGAAUCACAUGAUGCAGCAAACAGCGCAUAAAGUCGCGGGUAUUGGCCCUACCACAAGGGAAGGAAUGCCACUCACGUUAAGAUCAGAAAUCGAGGAAGGCAAUCGCGAUAAAUGGUAUAAACAAAUGUACCAAACCUUACACAAAGCUCACGAUGAUGACGAAUUUGUGACCGUGCGUUAUAAGACCCGUAGAGGUUAUCCUUAUAAAACGAGCGGCUACCAAUCGGAACCAGAACCGAAUUACGAUUCGGACUAUACGAUCAAGUAUAGCACGUUAGAUCGCAGGAGAACUCCGAUAGGAUUGAGCCCUACAAGCUAUAACAAAUUCAGCACUCAGCAGCAUCAAAGCACUCAGCACAACCAACCGAUAAAGUCUGGCAGUACGUCAUAUAAAAAUCAUCCUGGAAGGAUAGAGAAUUACACACCGGGCCGAUCGUCAAUUUCUGAAAAAGAGUCCAAAGCGUGGUGGGACGAAGUGAUGGACAUAUUCAACGGGCAAUUGGAACACCAGAAGCUUGCCACUAGUAAAACCUACACUGAAGGCAAUCUCUCCAGAGCCCUGAAAGAACAAGGGUACGAAAGUGACUCGACGCUGGUAUUUCGAAAACGGGAACCGCUGGCUAGUGCCGCUUUGAGCCCGGUGGAACAAAAGCAGUACUACAAAACCAUGCAGGCCGGUGGCGAGAUACCGCUUCAAGGGUUUCGUAAGCCCGCGCCAGAAAAACCAAAAGAGCCGCACCUCACGUUCCCAUCGCCCCCCAUGAAAGGAGCACCGACACCACCAUCACCGCCACCAAUACCCCUCCUUCCAUCGUCACCGAUCACAAUCAGUUCAAACGGCGCAGAAUCUCCACGUCGUUACAUAGAGAGCGAUGUCAACAUCCACUACAAAACACCGAUCCGGUUUGAGUACAAAGAACCGAUACCGGAUGAUGAGUUGGCAUACCGCCAGGCGGAGCAUAUGCGCCGUGUAUACCAAGAGGAGCGUCGUCGCAAGUACAUUAAUGAGCUGGAGGACAUGCACUCCAGACGGCAUGCGGACAACAUCCUACCGUCGCAAAAAUCACCGAUUCCGCUUAACCGGUACGAUGAUUUCGCCGCUGAUCUUUCGCCAAAACCUCUGCACCAACAGCAACAGAAAACAAUUGCGCGUGCGUUGUACAACUUCCAGGGUCAGAGUAUCAGAGAGCUAUCCUUUCGCAAAGGAGACAUUAUUUACCUGAGAAGGCAGAUUGACAAAAAUUGGUACGAGGGCGAACAUAAUGCUACCGUAGGUCUUUUGCCAGCCAAUUACAUUGAGAUUCUCACCAAGGAUAACGCUAAUUUGAACACUAAGCCACUGCCAAGAAAGCCUACCCGCGAGGGAAAAGCGCGUGCAAAAUUUAACUUCACUGCACAAACCGCCGUCGAACUUUCAUUGCUGAAAGGCGAGUUAGUUACACUUACACGGAGGGUGGACGAGAACUGGUUCGAAGGAAAAAUUGGUAACAAAAAAGGAAUCUUUCCUGUAUCGUAUGUAGAGAUACUAACGGAUAUCGAUGGCACCGAAAGCUAUGAAAUUGAGCCAAUUGUCAAAGCCGCAACACAAUCGUUCACUACGCACUAUGGCAGCACACAUAGCAAUGGACGAGUCUCCCCCGGGAUGGUGCGUGAAACGAAGACAGUACAGAAAACGGAAGUAUUACAUGUGGAUACAUCCAAUGAACCGAUAUCGUAUCGUGCACUGUACAACUAUAAACCGCAGAACACUGAUGAACUGGAGCUACACGAAGGAGAUAUUGUGUAUGUGUUGGAAAAAUGUGAUGAUGGCUGGUAUGUAGGUACAUCAGCGCGCACCGGCUGCUUUGGAACGUUCCCAGGAAAUUAUGUCAACAAACUGUGAGCUAUCGACAAAUAUGCUCGAGAAAAGAUUAUUUUCGCAGAAAAAUGCUAAAAAGCGGAAUAGUACUUGUGCCCUUAUUCACGCAUCCACUUAAGAGAGAAAGCAGCUAAGAUUCACAGACAAAAAGCAGCUAUGCAAUCCUUGCCACCUUAUUAAACACCGUCGAUUUUCGAAACAGCAAAGAGUUAUACCAAAAACAUAAUAACAAUUAUCAAAGUAGUACUUUGCUAGUCAUACUGGUAUUUAUCAUUUUAACAAGCAAUUGUUUGUUAAUCGUUCGUGAGAAAUGAAGCAAAUCGUUCUCAAACAACAAAACAGUGUUCUUAGAAAUUAACGCCAGAUAACGACAUAAUAGAACAUGUCGGCAUAAGUUGUGUAGUUAUUUCUCCUGUCUGUAUCGUCGCCCUGCUAAGCAAUUGAGAAUUUCUAGGAGAAGCGUGACCCUUAACAAAACGGAUGUGCCUUUAGGUAAUAGCUUAGGCAGCAAGGUAUUUUGGUAAAGCGCGACCUCAUCAAAUGCAGCGUUCGUAUGCCUUUGAUUUGCCAUCUGUAUCUUGAGUAGAUUUCAAAAAGAACACCAAUGAAAGACAAGUACAAUCAACGCUUGUUUAGAAUUUUGCUGUCGGUGGAACCAGAUCCAAGAUCACUUUACGAUAAUAUGUAUCGCCGAUGUUUCCAAUCGUUUUGCACAUUGUUUGCAGCUUUGUUUUUAGUGACAACAUUGAACCAAUACACUCUUUUUGCAAUUCUCAAUCUCAACCCUGUCUAGACAGGUACUAUUUUCACGACAAAUUAGGUUGAAGUCCGUAUAAACGAAUCUUAAUGGGACUUACCUGCCCUGUACUUUGAUAUACAUCAAGCAAUGUUUCGUGCCGUUCACAACAACUAACUCUAACCUCUAACAUCUAGUGAGAAUCAUGUUUACCGACACUUCAAUCAUAAGCAAUAAUAGCAGAAAUGCAUUGAAUCACAGGAACAGUAGCAACAGUAUGUCUUUUAACAGUUUUCGAAUGAUAAACCCGCGUGUCGCGACACUAAACGAACAUUUUCACUAAACUUUACACGUUAUACUAUUAGAGCAGCAAAUAGAGCGUUUAGCGUUUUACUGACACUCACUGCUAGCUGUUCUGUCGAAUGGUUAAAUAAAAAUGAAUUGAACUAGCAAACACCAGUUUAAAUUUAAACCUCCGUUUCUAUUCAAUAUCCGAUUUGUAUAAAUUAGAUAAUAUACAUGUGCGUUUUUGCAGUUCCUAAAUGUUUCGGGGAGUAUCAACAAAAAAAUAG